AUGCUACGCGCCUGUGGUAUCACCGCAUUUCUCACGCCCUCGCCUCCUCUUACACUUUCGUCGACACCGUGCUCGGAUGGCGCUCGGCUGAGUGCUGAGGCGGCAGACCUCGUCACGACACCGGUAGGGUGCGCCGCCGGUGAUCUCAAGAACGUACCAGAAGACUUUGUGGUGGUGGAGGUGGAUCCGACAGGGCAGCGCACCGAUGCAGAGGACUACAACUUUUUAUCUGUGAGCCCAUCAAGUCCACGAUCCUGCGGUGCCGAUGACCCGGUCGAUAGGGGAGCCCAAGAGAACACCCUUUCCAGAGAGGAAGCUGCUCUCAGGUUACUACCACCCGUGUUGUCUCCGCAAGUCAAGCAGCCGGGGACAAGCUCGCGCUCUGUGCAGGCACUGCGAGACAUGCUGACCGAACGCACCCCAGAACUGCAGCGCUACUUCGGGACUGUCGCCGAGAUGGAGACGCGUGUGUCAUCUGCCUUCACUCAAACGACACUCUCCCUGCUUCUUCGAGACAUUCGCGCCGCUGCUCAGGGCAGCUCAACAGUGCAACACGAUGCGGGGUCGACUACAUCUUGUGCUGUAGCGGCGAGUCUGCCGUGGUGGAGAACGCCUGCGCUAAUGCUCGGCCACUUCCCUGAGAAGCGAGAGCGGCAGCUGCUGCACUUAAUGGUGCGCUGGCGCUUUCCACACCUCCGCUCCUGCGCCGACGCACCGUCGACGCCGUGUGCCACGGACGCUAUCUUGUCAGGAGGUAAUAACGCCUCUGUGAUUUCGUGCUCCGUGGACUUGCAUUAUGUAUUGUUUUGCGCAACGCUCGGGAAUGACGCAGGGCUGUGCAUAGCAAGGUGGUCAGUGGAAGCGCAGACAGCCCGCCAGGCGGGGAGCUUGAGUGACGAGAUCCGCGCAGAGCUGCGUGAGCUCUUUAGCAAGGAUGACAGUGAAGCUUGGUCUCGUUCUAGAGCGCGCAUGAGUGCUGCAGCGAAGGGGGUCUGCUGCACCUCUUUCGAUUCCCUGGCUGAAGCUAUGCGACGGCAGCCACCGCAUGAGGCAGUAAUGAGCGCCACCGCGGAGUCGAUGCCACUGGUUUCUAACAAGGAUGUUCGGCGCCAGGUGCACGAGCUGCUUCGCCGCUUCUACCCGUUUGUGAGUUGCUACGUACGCGAGGGACGUGUGACCCUGCGCUAUCGCACCCCACCAGACGAUAGCAGCAGCAGCAGCGGCAGCGACAAGAAGCUGACGAGCAGUUCAACUGCGCGUCCAGUGAGCAGCACUGGCCCUGGUGGUGGGGCUCGACGCACCCGUGCCGAAAUGGAGGACAACUCAGAAGACGCGUUGUCCUUGCUGGCUGCACCGGUGCUCCUUAGCGCCACUCCGGCAUACGUACACAUCGUUGUAAGGAAGCGGAACUUGGACACGGCGGAGAUGCGCCAGUUGCUGGGCGAGUACUUCGCCGUGAAGGAGAGCUUCGUCUGCGUUGCAGGCAUGAAGGAUAAAAAGGCGGUGUCGGUGCAGAGGUGCUCUGUCCCUGUGGUCACCACAGGCGAGGCGCAGCGUCGCAUACGUGCGCUCCUGACGAGCACGGCAGCUUUCCGACCCGUCACGCUGCGCUGGCCGGCAGACCCGCAGGAAAGCUAUGCCGUGCUCCUUCGUGCGAGUGCCUCUAGCGCACCAGUGCAUCUCGGGCAGCUCUCUGGAAACUGGUUCUCGCUGCGCGUUCGAAACGUGCGCUGGGCCAGCGAAGCAGAUCUGAAGAGAUGGGCAGCGCCACCACAGACGACUACACUUGAACACACGCCGCCGCCGUUCGAGAACGCGCAGCAGAGACGGGAGCUCCGAGCAGCCCUUCAGCAUCGCUUCGCGAGGUGCGCAGAGGUGGGCUUCAUCAACUACUUUGGUCAACAGCGCUUUAGUGAGACGGUCGAGCGCGUUGAUGAUCACACCGGCGUUCACCUCUUCGCCGGCAGGUGGGUAGCAGCAGUCCGAAGUCUGUAUCGUGCGUGCCCCGAUGUUUACAAUGCAUUCCCUGACAAGAUGGAGGCGCGCUUCGUGUCAGGCAACUCGCGCGAUGCGCAGGUCAUGACGCACGCUCUACGGCAAACCUAUCGCAUGUACUUCUCCAAGUAUCCGCUCAGCAGUGCUGAUGUUCAGAAGGAGAGUGAUGUGUGGACGCGUCUCUGCGAGAAGGCCAUCACGGAGGGCGUGCCAUUCUACCUCAGAGCCCUGUGGGUGCACGCAGGACAGAGUGUUUUCUUCAACCUCGUUGCCUCCUAUGUGGUCUCCAGGGGCAUGACAAGUGCAGCAGCAGCAUCCCGCCAGAACGACUGCGGUGACCAUCAGGCCGCUACCUCAGCGGCCUGCACAAACCCUGGCAGCAGCCCAUCCGAGCGAGCAUUCGCGCCGCUCUCACUUGACGUCCUUGCGAGCGUGCAGCUGCCGCUUGGCGGCUACUACGUGGAUCGAGUCGUGGCGGACAGCACUCACCUCAGCGACUCCUCGUCGGCCGUUUUGUGGACGCAGUGGAAAGAUGCAGCCAUCCAGCACGCCUUACAGGAGCUUCGAUGGACCUUGGCGCAAGCGUUUGAGCAGCGCCGCGUGGCUGGGGUGCCGGUGCCUGGUUCGUGGCGCGCACUAGUUGCACGUCCUACUGAUGCUUCUCUGGACUGGGAAGCAGAAGCGAGCGCCGAGGCGCAACAAGGCGUCUGCCUCGAUGGUGGCGCGGGCGAAGUGUACCACUCCGUGAUGCGGCUUUCCUUUGUAUUGCCCUCGUCAUGCUACGCCACCGUCUUUCUGCGAGAGGUGCUGGGGUGCGACAAGUGGUGGUAA